AUGUCUUUACCAUGGCUGCAGGACGCCAGCCUUGUUUCUUCUCUUCCUCAGCAUUGUGAACCUACGACCCCGUUUCUUGCUACCGUUUCUUCAUUCUUCCAUGUCUGCCUUCCUACGCCUCUCGCCCUCGUCUCCUCGCUCCUGGGAACAAUAAGUAUCGUAUCGUGGCUGUUCGCACAACUCCCUCAGAUCUAUAAGAACUACGUUUACAAAUCGACGGCUGGAUUGUCCCCGUUCUUCCUCGUCGAGUGGUGCUUGGGUGAUACAGCGAAUCUCCUAGGCGCGCUAUUUACACGGCAGGCUGGUUGGCAGGUGACCAUUGCCGGGUACUACGUAUUUGUUGAUGUCGUGCUCGUGUUUCAGUAUUACUGGUACACUCACUUUGGUGGAUGGAAGAAAGGGAAGAACGGGACGUAUUCUGCUGACGGUGGAGAUGAGGGUCGACAAUUCUUCGAAGGCGUCUCUCCAUUUGAGGAUGCCUCCAGCGUUGAUAUUUACCCGGCCGAAAUGUCACCGAAAACGAAAGCAAAAGACGCAGCAGAGAGAAAGGGUUCCUUCAUUGAUACGACAGAGAGUCGGUCUAUGUCCUACAGUAACGAAAAACUGGGCUCGUCCAGUCGCUCAUUCUCCCGUGCUGGAAACGGGCUCGUGAUACCUACCGCGUCUCCGAAGACUGUUCUCCUGGCGUCGAUGCUUUGUGCUGUCCUGGCAAAUGCAUCUCCCACAGGCUCUCCUCCGCGACUGCAGCCUCAGGAAGAGCCUACAGAGACCGCGAUCGAGAUCGCAGGACGUAUACUAUCAUGGAUGUCUACGCUCCUCUAUCUUGGCUCGAGACUGCCGCAACUAUACAAGAACUACUGCCGGCAAAGUACUGCAGGGCUCUCACCGCUACUGUUCAUGGCAGCUUUCUGUGGAAACUUCUUCUACUCUUCGUCUCUCGUCACGAACCCCAAUGCCUGGUACGACUUCCCGGCAUAUGGCGGUGGCGGUUGGGUUGGGCCAGAGGGAAACGACCGCGUGGAAUGGGUCGGAAGAGCCAUACCAUUCUUUCUUGGUGCCGCAGGUGUCCUUGCUAUGGAUGGAUUCAUGGGUGUCCAAUUCGCUAUGUAUGGCGAGGCAGGCGAGGCUCCUGUGAUCAGAGUCGCUGAUCCGCAGCGAGGCCGCAACCGAUGGAGGAGAGUCAGCGGAUGGAUGAGGGGCUGGAUCCCUUCUAUUUCCCCGGAGGGCCCGGAUCGGAGACUCGCACAGGAGGAACAAUCUCUGCUGGGUAAUGGCCACGAACGAUAUGGUUCUGUCUGA